AAUUCAGCGCAAAUCCAAUUCAACCACACGUUUCUUUACCCUAAAUUUUCCACCGCCUCUAUAUAUAGAAAUUGGGUGACACAUCUAAAAGCCUAUCAGUUCAGCACAAACCCAAUACACGUUUCUUUACCCUGAACUUUUCGCUACUCCAUCGAGGGCAGAGCCGCCGCCGUUUCUUCAAUCUCGCAGCGCCGGCGCUUCAUCUUCCCUCCCUUUUUUACUCGCGAUCGGCACGCAGGCGGCGGCUGCGGCGCUCAGGCUCGGGCUCUGCGACUGCGUCAGCGGCUUCCCCUCCGGCCUCUCGCCAGUCACCGCGCGCCCUCGGCCCCGGUCCUCUGCACACCGGCCGGUGACCCUGCGUGCUUGCCUUUCUCCUCCCGCCUCCGGUGGAUCGUCAACGGCGCCCGGCCCCGGCGGCAGCGCUGCGCGCGUCUCGAGGGCAGCGGGAGCCAGCAGCCGCUGCUCCACCAAGGCGGAAGCAUUUUGGAACCCUGAACUCUGGGCUUUAAGAAGACACUACUGCUGCAACCAUGAGCACCAUGAAGUUUUGUCGCGAGUGCAACAACAUUCUGUACCCCAAGGAGGACAGGGACAGGCGCACCCUGUUCUUUGCAUGUCGCAACUGCGAGCAUCAGGAGGUCUCUGACAAUAACUGUGUCUAUCGGAACGAGGUGCACCAUACUGCUGGGGAGCGAACACAGGUCUUGCAGGAUGUAGCUUCUGAUCCAACUCUUCCCAGAACCAAGACUGUCCGCUGCAAUCUCUGUGGGCAUGGAGAGGCUGUUUUCUUCCAGGCCGCAGCAAGAGGGGAGGAGGGGAUGACCCUGUUCUUUGUGUGCUGCAGCCCUGAUUGUGGUCAUCGGUGGAGGGAAUGAUGCGAUGAAAUCUUCGCUCUAAUAGUUGUUUCAUCAGAGCAUGAAACUUAACUUGUUUUGUAGUUUUCUUGGACUAUGUAUUUCGAAUCUGACCUAAGAUUAAUGAGAGAAUGUCUUUCCAAUAUUUUAUUUAAUUCUACGCAUAUAUGAUAUGUAGCUGCACCA